ACAAUGAACCAGUUCAUCACCCUUCUGUCCGCCGUUGCCUGCGUUGCCCUGGUCCAGGGUGCCUCCACCGCGCGCCAUCCGGCUCGUCCCUGGUGGAACGCCCCGCCCAGCAGCGAACGCAUCGUCGGAGGGUUCGAGAUCGACAUCCUGCAGGUUCCGUACCAGAUCUCGCUGCAGUCGUACGGCCACUUCUGCGGUGGAUCAAUCAUCGGUGAAAACUGGGUUCUGACCGCCGGGCACUGCGCUAGCCAUUACGACGUUGGACUCCACGUCCGCGUUGGAUCAUCGCUGCACGGUUCCGGAGGUCAGCUGGUUCCGGUCAAGCGGGUCAUCCAGCAUCCCCAGUACAACCCGAACACUAUCGACUUCGAUUUUGCCCUGCUGGAGUUGGAGCAGUCGGUUCAGCUGAGUGAGGAGUUCUUUGCCGUUGAGCUUCCGGAGCAGGAUCAGGAGGUUGAGGAUGGUCAGCUGCUGCAGGUUUCCGGCUGGGGUUACACCCAGAACCCGUCCGAGUCGAACGAGGCGCUGCGUGCUACCAACGUUCCAGCGGUCAGCCAGGAGGAAUGUCGUGAGUCGUAUGGAACCAACCAGAUUACCGAUCGUAUGAUCUGCGCUGGAUACCAGGCCGGUGGUAAGGACGCUUGCCAGGGAGACUCCGGAGGUCCGCUGGUCGAGGGAAAGACCCUGGUUGGAGUCGUUUCGUGGGGUAUCGGUUGUGCCGAACCGGGAUAUCCAGGAGUGUACUCCCGUGUGGCCGCUGUUCGGGACUGGAUCAAGGAGCACAGUGGAAUUUAAAUGUUUGAAGCCGUGUAAUGCAAGUCGAAUAAAGAUUCAAUGAACCA